CAGAGCUCAUGCUUAUGUUUUUGUUAUUGUUCUCUGGCCGUGGUGUUGUGGACAGAAGAAACGUUGAAUGUUACGAUAUUUUAGUUAUGUUUGCCUAGACGGAUAGGCAUCGACAUUUUUAAAUAAAUAUUUUGCAUAAUUUUACGGAAACUCCGCAGUAAAAGCUUGAAGAGGUCCAAAGACACCAAGUUCAUCUGUUGCCAUGGAAACCGCCUGGAAAGUGGAGUUCCGGAAUGUCGGCAGCAGUUACUUCCCAGAGAGCCGAAUUGAAUGCCAUUAUACCAUCAGUUCCCAGCAUACCUGGGCCAGCAGUGACUGGGUUGGACUCUUCAAGGUGGGCUGGAGCUCUGUGAAGGACUACCAUACCUUUGUCUGGGCACUGGCUCCAUCUGGCUACAAGGAAGGGACUGAUGGCAACUGUUGUGUGCACUUCCAAGCCUCGUACCUCCCCAAGCCCAGUGGCCAGGCCUACCAGUUUGUGUACGUGGACAGCAAAGGGGAGAUCUGCUCCUGCAGCGCCCCCUUCUCCUUCUGCGCCCCCAAGCCCCUGGAGGAGCUGGUGACCCUGGAGGAGGGAUGCCAGGAGGACGGGGCAGGGGACGACAUGCUGCUGGUCAUCCCCAGAGCCGAGCUCCUGCAGAGCCGUCUGCAGGAGUGCCUGAAGGAGCGUGGCGAGCUGCUGCAGGCCCUGGAGUCGGCCGACCGCGGCCGAGAGAGGGAGAGGGAGCGCAGCGAGCGGGCCAGGGAGGCGUGGGAGCGCGCCCGGCGCCUGCUGGAGAGCGACCUGGCCAGCCUGAAGAAGGAGCUGAGGCACAGCCGGGAGGAGAUGGAGGAGAUGAGGAGGAAACAGGAGGAAGUGCUAGCCUCUGAAGAAGCCCUGGCCGAGGAAAAGAGUGCUCUGCUGAGCAAGAGGGCAGCGAGCGAGCAGCGCAUCCGAGAGCUGGAGGACGACAUCAAAGCGCUCGGCCAGCGAGCCCUGGAGCGGGAGACGGACAUGGAGAGGAUGAAGGAAAAGGCCAAAAAGGUGGCAGCCCAGAGGAAGGAGGAAGAGAAUGAACGGAAGAGUCUGAAGGCCAAGCUGGAGCAGACGGAGGUGGAGCUGCGCGGUCUGUCGGCGGAGUUCCAGGGUUUGCGCAGCUCACUGGCGCAGAGGGACACACACGCCCUGCAGCUGCGGGACACCAUCACCACGCUCACACACAAGCUCAACACCGCGCACAGGAAAGAGGCGGAGAGUGAGGCGGCGCUGGGCGAGCUGCGGAGCCUGCAGGAGCACGUGCGCUCCAGCGAGCGGGCGGCCGAGGACCUGCGGGCCGAGCUGAGCGCGCUGGCCGCCAAGCGGGACCAGGGCCAGGCCGAGCUGCACCAGGCGCGCCUGCAGGCCGCCCAGCUCACCCUGCAGCUGGCCGACGCCAGCCUGGCGCUCCGCGAGGGCCGCGCCUGCUGGGCACAGGAGAGGGAGAGCCUGCAGCGCACCUCCGAGAUGGACAGGACCCGCAUGGAGAAGCUGCUGGAGGAGAUGCAGCGGCGCGAGGAGAUGCUGCAGGAGCAGAGGAUGGAGCGCGAGAAGGCCGAGGUGGAGCUGGGCCGCGAGAAGGACUGCAACCGGGUGCAGCUGAGCGAGACCAGGCGAGAGCUGCAGGAGCUGAAGGCCAGUCUGCGGGUGGCUCAGAAAGAGAAGGAGCAGCUGCAGAUGGAAAAACAGGAUCUGCUGGAGUACGCGCGUCAGCUGGAGCAGAGGCUGCAGGCGGCGUCAGACUCCAAGUGGGCCGAGAUGGCUCUGCUCCACAGCAGCAUCCGGCCCGAGAGCCCCAUGUCAGACUCGGAGGACGAGAAGCCGGAGGCGCUGCAGCCAGUGCGGAGCUCCAGGCCCCUGGCCCCCUACGGCCUGUGCGAGCAGCCCCAGCCAGAGCCCCUGCUGCCGGCCACCCCGCCGCCCUCCCCCCGCACCCUCUCCAGAGAGCUGGUGGUGGUCAUCAGCCAGCCGGCGCCCCUCUCCUCCCCACGCCCACCGGCCAGCGACACGCUCGCGCACAGCUCUGAGUCGGAGGAAGAAAGCGAGGUUCCCCAGUGUGGAGGCCACAGCUCUGGAGAGGAGACCGCUCUGCUGCUCCCUGACCACAGCGACUCUGUUCUCAGUGACCUGGCGGACAGCCCCCUGUGGUGAAGUGCUCGACAUCAGUGUUGGGGCGGCCAGGCCGUCCACCAGGAUUCAUUACGUUACACGUCUCUUCACUUGCCUCAUCUGUUACAGCACACACUGGCAUUCAGCAACAGUUACAGUUACAAAUAUGCAAUUUGAUUUUGGGGAUGCUAUAUGCACGACGUCCAUUAUGCAAUGGCCACUAAACCUCCGACGCCACAACAGCAUAAGUUAACCCGCCUGAGGGGAGCACACUGCAGCAGCAACAACAUAUCAGUAGCAUUCUUGGGACUCAUCUAGAAAGGAAAUUUUAGAAACAAAAAGUGAAGACAAACUUUUUUAUGGUCACUUUAAAGGGUGUCUUACAUGGUGUGUCUGUGUGUGGGUGUGUGUGUGCGUGUGUGUGUGUGGGUGAAAUGUUUAUCUGUGUGUGGGUGCCCAUUUUUAAUUGGAACGGUUUAGUCAUUUCUGCCGCCAGAGUAGUUUGUCAUUUAGUGUUGUUUCCAAAAUACAGCUUUAUAUUAUGUACCUGCAAUAAGUUUGAAGUACAGGGUUCGGGGGUGUUUUCCGUGUGUUUUUAACCUAAGAUUUCCAUGUCCUCCCUCUGCUAGCGUGGACAUGGCGGGGACGAAGGAAAGCAGCACAGAGAGAGAUGAAGUCACAUGCAGUUAAAUGAGGACAGAAGGGAAAUGAGAAUAGACAGUAGAACAGCGAUUGUUUUGCAGCAGAGGUAGGGGAGAUGCACUUUAAGCUCCUGAAGUCAGUUUAAAUGUUUUUUUUAUUAUUAUUAUGAUUAUUAUGAUUAUUAUUAUUAUUAUUGUUAUUAUUUACAUCCCCAUAUUUGUGCAUGCCCUAAGAGGGUUGGUUACAGUGGGCUGUAAUGAUGUGUAGGAGAGGUCAUAGAGAUUAGGCUAACUAUGCCCACUGUAUGGUGAGGUAACUGCGUUCAGAGCAAGAGCGACCAAAGCUUCAAAGUCGCUUUUGACGGUGGUAAAAUGCAGCUGCUAAAAAAAAUUCUGUUGCUCAAGUCGCUCAUGAGGUGAGAGAUUUGAACGUUCGAUUUCGUUUAUGACAUCCACACAAGCGAAGCACGCCAGCAUUCCGAUCGGUUGUCGGUGUUUUGCAGCCGAAACGAGUCAUAGCUAAUUUGCAUAAAGUUAACGUGUUUUUAACUUGUUUUGGUCGCUCUGGUCGGCCAAGUUUUGACGCUGGUUGCCGUGUUCGUUUUGGUCACUGUAGUCGCUCGUCCCCAUUCAAAGUCAAUUACUUCCGGCGAUUUUGCAGCUUUGGUCGCUCUUGAUCUGAACGCACGGUAACAUCCAAUGAGCAUUCAAUGCAUUUUGCCAUAUGCCUCUCAGAAACCCAAAUCAUAGAUGCUAACAGAUAAUCUUAAAGGCAUUUGAGAAUGUUUAGAGGCAGGCCUGAGAAGAAGUGUCAUAUGCCAGUGUGGAUUUCAACCUUUCCACACUCUAGGCUAGUAAUUCUAAAUGUGUGCCUAAAUAACACUUUAAGGAGUUUCAUGUCUUUUCCUGUUUUCAUUUGAGGACACUAAUUUUUUUUUGUGGUGAGAUUGUCACAGUCUACCUCUUGUGUUGCACAGAGGGACAUUGCUUUUUUUUCAGCAACCGUUUGUUUAUUUACACUUUAAUAAUGUUACUAUUAAACUAUUGAAUUUUUAAGGUAGUUUGGCAAAACAUCAGUAAGCAUUUAUAAAUAACUGUAUCAUGGAGAAUGGGAAAUGUUUGGUCUCUCUGUAUGGCUUGUGUUUGGGAAGACUUCAGUAUGUCGAAGGUCCUUCAGCUUUGCCUAGAUAAAUUUGCUAUCUGCUGAACUUUGCACCUGUUUUACAGCAAGAGAGCAUUUUUAAUGGCUUACCAGCCCUUGCUUUUGCAUUUUACACGACUUGCUUUAUUAUUAUUAAUCAGUAUGACUUUUGUCUACGUAAGAUUUUAAGAUCUUUAACUUUAGUUAUUACCUGGUUGAUUUACUGUCAUUACUGUAUUAAGGGUAUAACCGUGACUUAACUUUUUUUGCUUUUUACUUGUUUGCUGUCUUAGUUACAAUUUUUUGACUGCUCAGAUUAGUAUAACAGCCAUUGGUGCCGUCAUGGGCAGCCAUAAGCGUAGCAGCAAAGCUAAUACAUUUGAAGAACUCCUUGUGACCGUAAACCCCAUGUCACUAAACCUGGUCUUUGACCUAAUCAAAGGUGUUGGCAAUACCAUUGGAGUUGGACUCGAUCUUUCAGGAAUUCAGUCAGUUAUACACAAAAGGCAUAAAGCUAGUAUGAAUCGGCUUCUGUGAGGUGUGUCUGAGUGAUGUCAUUCUCCAACUCGUGACAGCGAGUUGCUGUAAUGUUAUGUCAUAAAAACAAAUGAAGCUUCGUUCAUGUCAUGUUAAGUGGAAAGAUAAACAUGUAUCUUUUUGGUUCCAAACAACAGCUUUUUAUCAUGUUUGGCUUCAACACAAAGACAGUUUGUCCUGUAGUUUUACGAGUGACUGUACUGCAACACGUCUAAGUACUGUACUCCUGUGAGGGCAAUCGUAUGUCCAUAGCGUUGAGGCCCAGUCUUUCGUUUCUGAGAUUACGGUGUCCGUGUGUUAUUUUACUCUUUAACUAUGGUGGUGUUUAUCCCAUAUUCUCCUAUCUAAAAUGUAUUUUCUAGACUCUUCAAUACUGUAUAGGGUGUGGGGUGGGUUUCAAUAAUAAAAUAAAUAUUAUGUGUCA